AUGUGGCUCCUAGGAUAUCCACUGCCCUUUCCAUAUGUUUCUCAUCGGCGUUCGAUCCUCCUUGAAAGUGGUUACUUGAUCAUAGAUUUCAUCGGUACCUCUAAAUCUGAAGAACCAGUGGAAAUGCUCUUAGAGACCUGGGAUGAACAUCGUUGUCAACAGGAAAAGCGAGAGAACUUAUUCAAGGGUUUCUCUCGUAUGAUACUCUCCAUGAGUCAAACGCCAUUACCUCGUAUCGGAUCGUGGACCUUAGACUCGAAUGGGGGUUUGAAAUUAUCAAAUCGACCUCUUACUCUUCGACUCCAUCAAUUAGAAAACGCGGGAAUUCCAAUCAAUAUCAGUCGCAGCACGACCUACACAGGGACAGAAGCAUAUUAUCUUGAUCUUCUUUUUUGUCAUGAUAGUCGUAUUCGAAAUCAACCAAACUCAAUCACCGAUGCGGAUGACGGUCGAGCCCAGAUGGCAAGGUUGACGAUGAUGAGAGCGCUUCUUCCUCAUUUUUGUAACAAGGAAUAUCGAAACGGUCCCUUCUUUUACAGACUCACAGAUCUUCAUCCUAGCAAUAUCUUUGUUGAUAAUCAAUGGAACGUGAAGUUUAUCAUUGAUCUCGAAUGGGCAUGUUCUCUACCAGCAGAGACUCUCCGUCCACCAUACUGGUUGACCGGUCACCCAGUCGAUGAAUUAACAGGCGAGCAUUUACAAGUCUUCGAAGAGACAUACAAAGAGUUUAUGGGAAUUUUUGAGGAAGAGGAGAACUUUCUACCUCCUAUCAAUAAUGUUCCUUCUUAUAGGACAACUCUUAUGAGAAAUACGUGGCAACGGGGAAGCUUUUGGUAUUUUAGUGCCUUGGACUGUCCGAAAGGUCUAUACAACCUCUUAUAUCAACACAUUUGCCCCAUCUUUACACCACCUCAACAAUUUGAUCCUGAGUCAGAUGCUUCUAAAUCUUUGCAACUGAUAUCGGACUUCUGGGCUCCUGGUGUUGAGAAACUCAUAGCUGCUAAACUGAGGGAUAAGCAGGAGUAUGAAGAGUCGAUUUCUGACUUGUUUAGUAAGGCCUCGAAAUUGGCUCCAGAUAGCUCCAAGGAGGAUUGA